GCAGGAAGUGGGGGACGUUAUUUCACCAGGAGGAAGAAUUAAAGAGCUGCGCCAGUGAUUGGAGAAAAAUCCAAGCCUACGAUCUGGCGCUUCUCUGAUACUUGUUCGCAGUGUCUUUUCACCAGACUGUCUCCUAAAAAAUGUUCAUGGAGUAUUAGAUUUAAGGACCCUACACUUAAAUGUAGAGGGAAAAUAUGAUAGCAGCAUGUCACGGAAAACUAUUAUCCCACUUUUUAAACAGAAGAGUUUGAUGUCUGUAAGCAUUGUCAAAGUUUCAAAACCAUUCAAAGCUGCAAAAACAGCCAGUUUUGAAUUAGCAGUUUUACAAAGUAAGCUAUAUUUGGCCUACAGCAGUUUAGCUCCAUUUGUAAAGAGUGUAUUAGCUCAGACCACUUUUUGAAUAAUAUACAAUAGAUCAGAACUGAGCUAAAUUUACAUUUAUAGGCCUGAAAGACAGUAUCAAAAACAACCUGUUUUAAUUUAAGCAUAAAGUAAAAUUGGAAAUGAUUAUGUUAAAAUGAGUCAGGACUGUUUUUUUAUUUUGGUAGAUAAAACCACAUAUGUGGGUUUUGGGAAGAGAAUUACAAUACAUGUAAAAGUAGGGUACGAGCCCUUUAACAGGCUUGCUAAACAUAUGGCUGUGAGUGGUGAAGGAAAUAGCUAUGCUAUGCAGACAGAUGUUCCCACUUUUUUUAUCUAAGCAUAACCACAUGUAGUUGAAUUUUUGCUGUGUGUUAUGACAAACUAAUAUUCACCAUAGACGGUUGGUAUCCAUCACUAUUUACUCAUGCACUUAUACGUACAGUGUUAAUGGAUUGUACUUUUCUAAGUAUUUUUAAAUGGUAACACUUUUACACAGACUAACCUCAGGUGUUUUGGUGAAGAAAGGACUCUUGUUUUCAAUGUUGUAUUUUAGUCCUCCACAUUUAGUUAUAUACCUCACUUCUGAACUUUAGAAUUUACUGUAGAGCAGUAUGCUCUUUCAAAGAGAAGAAUAGAGCAAACUUCAGUUCCUAUGCUGAGAUACACUGCAAGUACUUAAAGGUUCCUGUGCAGUUCAACAGGAAGCCUAGUGCUGACCUGAUUCUCUUUAUCUGCGACUCAAGCAGCUUUUUGCUUUACUUGCCUUGCACUGAAGUGUGGUUUAGUUUCUUCUACUCACCUUUCAUAAAUUCAUAGUCUGCUUUGAAAAAAGAUAAACAGCAGAAAAAGGUUCUAAAAACCAACAGCACUGAUGUGUUAACAUGUGACUACCAUAAAUCAUAAUUCUAAGACACUAUUUUUCAUCUCUGUGUUAGAGAAGUCCUGGUAUGUACUGGUAGUGAGAAUGCAUAAUAAAUACAAUACUGUGCAAAAGUCAGAAAGAAAGUCAGAGAUGCCUAUAAUGCCUGGCGCACAGCCAUAUGGUCAACUAUCUAUGUGUUCUAUUUAAGGCACAAAAAGUUAUAAUGACCGUUAAGCGCUUUCAGUGUCCAAAGAGAUCAAAGCAACUGUUAAAUCAGGCCCUUAAAGGCUCUAUAUCAUGGAAAAAUACAUUUCCCUGUCUUUUUUAAAUAAUGGAUGUUGGAUGUUAUGUGUGAACAUUGCUAAAUGUUCAAAAUGUACCAUUCAUUCCCCAGUUCAUUUACAGGAAAAGCAAACAGAAGAACAAAAAAGCUGCUGUGAUCUCAGAACAGUGGACUGACCUCCUCAGAGUCCAGACCUCAACAUCUUUGAAUAUGUGUUGGGAUUAUUUGGAAUGUGAGACAAAUUGAUAAAAAAAAAAAAGAAUGAAGCAAAAAGCUGCUGGUGUUUAGAACAAUUCACUGACCACCCCAAAGUCCACACCUUACCAUCACUGAAUGCAUUUUAUUAAACUUGGAUCAUGAGAAGCAGGAAAUGCAACCAAGACUUGUAAGACUGAACUGGAGUACUAUAUAGAAUGGUUUUCUGAAGCUUUGUUGGCUAGAGGUCAUCAGAAAUCUACUGAAGAGGGUACACAGACAUUGUGUUUACUUACUGCACUGAGUUGCUCACACUUCAGUCACAUAAUAGCUGAAGCGACUGGCACACCUCAGGCAGUUGUACCAGCAUAAACCAGCAGUAGUGUUGGAAGCAAAGCCUGCUGAAAUCAGCUGUUUGUGCUCUAAAGUCAGGCCACUCAACUUUUGAAAAUGAACUGGACUUUUUUUCAGGGUCUUGUUAGUGGCGUCAACAAGUACUCGACAGCUUUUGGACGCAUCUGGCUGUCGGUGGUGUUCAUUUUCCGUCUGAUGGUGCUGCUGGUGGCAGCAGAGAAGGUGUGGGGCGAUGAGCAAAAGGACUUUGACUGCAACACCAGGGAGCCAGGCUGCCACAACGUCUGCUACGACCAUUUCUUCCCUGUGUCUCACUCCCGACUAUGGGCGCUGCAACUCAUCUUCGUCACCUGCCCUUCUCUCCUGGUGGUCCUGCAUGUGGCCUACAGGGAUGACCGUGAGAGGAAGCACCAGCUGAAGUAUGGUGAGGGCUGUACACACCUCUACCAAGACACCAGUAAGAAAAGAGGUGGACUGUGGUGGACAUAUCUCUUCAGCCUCAUAUUCAAGAUGUCAGUGGAUGCCAUCUUCAUCUUCCUCGUCUUCUACAUCUAUGAGGCUAACUUCUUUCCUUUGCUGGUGAGAUGUAACGUGCCUCCCUGUCCUCACGUGACAGACUGCUACAUUGGCCGCCCCACAGAGAAGCGCAUCUUUACAGUCUUCCUGGUGGUGAUCAGUUUAGUCUGCAUCUUGCUGACCCUGUGUGAGAUCUUGUACCUCGUUUGUAAGCGCUGCCAUGAAUGUGUCGUUUCACACAAGGUCAACAAACCAGAGAGCCAAAUCUCAACCAUCUCUUCUCUGGCUAGCAAACAUAAUCAAGAGAACAUGCAGGAUAAGUCUCUGUUAGACAAGGCUAACGGUCAUUCCCCCACUGAGGACAUAGGUUUUCCUGCUUAAAGCUUGGCCAUCUCUUGAACUGUGUCCAGAAGGUUCCAGAAAAUAUGAGACCAAGAAAGGUGACCAAAGACAAGGAAUUGUAUUCAAUUCAGUUUGUGUAAACUAUAGAGUUUGUGUGUGUGUGUGUGUGUGUGUGUGUGUUUGUAUUUGGCAAUGUUUCAAUGUCGUAAUGAGAAUAUUGAAUUAAUAUAAUCAUGUAUGAUAUGUAACUACUGUAACUGUAUGGAAAUUAUUAUAUUGUAAUAAA